UACGACGACUGAGACCAUCAUCCGCUCAGCAGAUGCUUUGGCCCAGUCCAAACAAGACGCCAGCCAGCCGUUCAGUUGCGUUCGACCCGUUCGACAGUGCAGUCAGCGUAGUAGCUUCGUGUGUUCUCGCGAGUUGUGUCGUAUGUUAUUGGCACAGGCUGGAAGGUGGAAGGUGUGUGUUGAUUGUUGAUGUCAUCAAGGUGUGUGAAGAAGCGUGGCUCGUUGAAGAGAUAUGUUGGUAUAAACCUAAUCACGGCACUACACAGCUUUGAUAGCGAGGUGCACGGGGUGCACAGGGAAGGUGUUCUGUUUGGGUUGAUGUGUUAUCAAUUCCGAAGAAAUCUUUGUCUGAAGUGUGCAGUAUAAUCUGGUCGUGCGAUCGUCGCCAGUCGUGACUCAAGGGAAGACCCUCGGCUCCGACCGGUAGAAGACUGUGUUUGUGCGUGUUCGUUUUCGGACACAUUCCGAUACAUUACUGUGUAGUCUUCUUUGAGUCGAGAGAGAAAGACGAAUGGAGGAUGGAUGUGCCGUGGAGAGAAUGAAUAAAAGUGCAUUCAAGUGAGGUGAAGAAGGAAAAUUCAAAAGAAAAGAGUGAAUGGAUGGAUGGGAAGAGAUCAUCAGUGACCAGAAGAAAGUUUUUCGUUUGUCGGGAAAGAUGUUUCUCCGUCAAUUAGUGCGUUGAUUUGACGAGUUUAAACAAUUUUCGAUAUUUGCUAAGUGGAGGGUUGACCUCCACUCCAACUCCAGGGUGUUCAGUGGUGCUCGCCCAGAGUGUUAAAUUCAAACAUUCCAGUAGUGUACGGGUUUCAAGUGGUCGGUCGGUGAUUCACACACUAUCGGAAGAGAUCGCUCAAUGGUAAUUGAUUGAUUGCCACUAUAAAUGCUCGGUUCCCGGUGCUGAAUGGCUGCGAUGGAAGCUAGUGGAUGUGGUGUAAUAUAAAACGAAUGUGUCUACAUAAUAACUAAGCAUAACUGGUUGGCACUACUCGCGUGUCGAUGAUCUUUCGAAAUAUUAGCACCAGUUUGGCCCCGUAGCAGUUUUGGGGGCGUGAAAGAAUUUUGAUUUCAAAUUGAGGCUACAUCAAUGCAACUCGAUGGCGACGUGAAGAAGUAACUGUGUCGAACAUUGACUUAAAAUUGUUUGAUGGAACCUUGGCCUCCAUGCAAAUAUAAAAAAGUGCUCACAGACAAAGCCGCAUCUAUUGCUAGAUAAACCCAAGAAGCGCCAAAAAAUUAAGCACGCGUGGAAAUUCCCGGCACUUGGCUGCCAGUCUAAUGCUUGAAGAGCCUUGACUGAAAAAAAAAACGCAGUGAAACGACGUAAGAAAUACUACACCUCGCCACAUUUCGCGCGCCGGGCUCCUCCUAGCCAGGUUUUAACGAUCUCUCGAUUCGCAAUUCCUAACGUAGAGCGGCAGCUGAUUAUUCCAUAACCAACCGGCAGCAACCAACAACUGUCGAUGCGAAAUAGAGAUAUGCUUCCCGCAUGGCUGCCGCCCGCCAUUCGACUAUACCUACAGCCAGCCAGUCAGUCAGUCAGUGACUGUGCGGUACUAAGAAGUCGUCGUAAGUGAAGUACGGAAAAAUAAAUCACACUCGAGGGGUUUCCACACAGACUGUAGCAACAACGCGUCUCUGCGUAUCGCGUAUCGCUUCGGACAUUGAUGUGCGCUGCUGCUGCUGCGUCUUGGAAAUGGGAAAUUCAGACGAAGAAGAGUUGAGCGUAAAUAAUCCUCCGCCGCGAUAUCUUUGAAACAACGAAAAUAGGAAAGGAAAAGUGAAAGAUUGCCCACGGACCGACCAACAAACGGUCGGCUGACUGCUCGCGGUGGCCAGCUGACUCCACGGCCUGUCGGUUCUUCUUCGAAUUCGGCCGAGGUUAGACGCGGAAAGUGGAGUGGAUCCCGGAAUGGCCCCAACGACGAUGAUGACGACGACGUCGGUAGCAGUGUGUGAAGAUAUACGCAAUUUACGCUCCAAGUGAUGAGAAAGUGUUGAUUUAUAAUAAUUUUCUGCUUUUUUUUCCUGUGAAGAGAUUCGGCUCGGGUGAAGAAGCCCUGAAGUGAGUGGUGCCAAUAAAAUUUAGUAGAAAACUUCCAAAACGUCUCUCCCGGCGGCGAGUAUCCGCGAGCGAGCGAUUUAUGCGGGUGUCAGUGGAAAGUGCGGGGGCUACGUUAAUUAAGAUUUAUUGUUCGACUAAAAGUUGAACAAUCCGGUUGAAGAAGGAAAAGAGGCCGCACUUGAGUGUGUAAAGGAGCGAAGUGAGUGUCGAAGUUGAGGGGUCAGAGUGAGGGUUUACAGAAGAAGAGUUCAUAAAACAGCUUCAAAGUGUCGCUCAAGGGGGUAGCAGCUAAGAUGCCGCCGGUCAAUAUGCCGGAAAACGGUGGAUCUGGACCGCCUAGUCGGACACCGUCUAUCAUGGACAGUCCCACGUUGGCCCGGGUCGAAAGGGCUCGACUGCGGCAGGAGGCCGGUGCUAAUGGGAGCAGCCAGCGAGAGGAUAGCUUGGAGCGAGCGUUGCUGGAUCCAAAGAAGUCGCUGCUAAUUGGCCGUAUUCCGGUGGCCCAGAUGACCGGACCGAUCAAGCGGGGUCUACUCUGGCAGCAGCGGGACCGGCUUUUCUCCCGAUGGAAGGAAAGAUAUUUCAUUCUGACACGUGAUUAUCUCAACUGCUUCAAACGGGCGUCUGGAUCGGCAUCGGAGAAGAUUUCCGACAUGGGCCAGUUUAUUUUCAAGAUUAAACUGGUAGACGUGGAGAAGGUCGAGUGGUUGAACCGCCGGUCGUACAGCGCAAUUGGCUUGCUUCUCGGGUCCCGAGAGGGUCGUGUCUUAUUGCGCUGCGACCAAGGUCUGGAGGAUUGGUUCGAGCUGCUGGAGGAAUGCACCCUGAGUAGCAAGGAACGUCGUCGCGCCCUUCGCCUAACGCAGGGACCGCGAUCGCGUGCCUCGCUUGCUGCUCCGGUGUCUCACACCUCGCUGCAAAACAACCAUCUUGGCCUCGGCGGAACCUACUCGGGUGCGAUCGAAGACUGGCUCAUGUCCCGGCACCACAAAACGUCCAGCAACCAUCACCAUCUGCACUUCCUACACUCGGAUUCCGUGCCGGAUCUGAGCACCAUCAAUGAGAAUGGGCUCAUCAGUGGAAUGCUGACUAACCACUCGACGCCCAAGAAGGUCCCAAAUGCGCGGCACAACUUCAUUGGAAGCUCAUCCAACGGCUAUAACAGUCACAAUGGAAGCUACAGCAACGGGUUCCCGUAUUCGCCGCUGAAGAAGCUGUCAGACAACUUCCUCAACGGCAACAGCACCUACAUCAUCAACGACGAAGAUGAGGAAGUGGAACUGAGACGAGGAGGACGAUACAGGGACAAUGAUGAUCUUUACCGACGGCCCUUGGGACCGUCCGGGAACGACAGCAAUAGACAUUCACUACUAACCGAUCUGGACUUUUCGGCCUGUGAUAGUGGCCUGGAUACGCCACCCUCGACGCACCGUCCGUCCAGCUGCCGCGACAAUGUGUUCAUGAUUGCAGCCUAUAACCACCACAACCAAAGCAUCAGCAAGGAUAAAACCACCGACACGGGAAUCAGUUCCUCCCGUGGUACUUUGGUUUCGCCGGCCAACAGCAUCCGCCACGGCUUCCUCAAUAACAAUAACAACAACAUGAACAGUUACGGUUCACGAUAUAGCGUCCAGGAGCAGAAGAUCCUUCGGGCUCGCAACAACGCCGAAGAGAACAAGAACUCGAUCCGAUCGAUUCGUGCCGAGUUCUUCGAGCAGAACAAAUACAACAACAACAUCACCAACGGACAUCACUACCAUCCACAGCAGGGAAGCAUUGGAAGCAAUGGAAACAUACAUCAGUUGCAGCAGCAACAGCAACAACUAUCCCAGCAUUACCACCAUCACAAUCAUCAGCAUCAGCACCAACAUCUGCUGCAACAACAGCAACAACAACAGCAGCACAUUAACGGCCUGAACAACAAUCCUAACGGGCACUACCAACAGCAGCCGCAGCCGCAGCAACACUACAAUGGCAACAGUAUUAACAACGGAAGCGUCAACGGAAACGGGACAGCGGCGUUGCGAGAUCGCUACCAGCAUCCGGCACUGGCGGCAAUCAUCAACGAAUCGCAGGGAAUGAAGUUUAGAGAUCGUUCCUACUCGGACUGCCAGCAGGUACCGCGCCGACAGUGGACUAGCAACACGCCCAGUCCCAAACGCAUUCCAUUCCUGGGAACACCGCCGACCCGUGUCUAAGAACGGAAUUCCAGUCGGACACUCCCAGUGUAAAUCCAAAUACCUAGCCGUUAGAACUACCACACCGUCGAAUUUCAAAUUCACGCGGAUACCGAAUUAUGCGAUAGAAGAAAAAAAAACAUAGUGAGUGAUUAGUUUUUCGAAACCUACCGAUAUAGUAAUUCAAACUCGUAGACCAUUAGCAGUAGUGAAGCCCAUUUUGUACCCCGUUUUGUAGAUUUGACGAUGAUAUUCGAUUCAAACCUGCUCGGCUUAGUCCCCCCUAGAUUAGUUGUAGACUUGUUCUGAAUCUCAACAGUCGCAAACAUAUCAACCAGUCAAACAGUUUCACCACGUUCGAAUACCGAUUUCGAACUGAAGAUACUUUCACCUCUCCUUGAAUUUUACGAAGAACAAUAACACAGGGCAAAAAAGGAGCUCGAAGCUCUUUCACACAAACUCGAACAAAAUAAUCAAAACGAUUCGUAUACUUUCAAAGCUAGAAUGUCGUUGUCGUAACGUCGUAAGAAAGCCAGGCAAAUCAAAAUCAAAGAAAAAUUCAACGAAUACAGUAGGAGAGAAGUUUACUUACAACUUUUAGGUCAGCUUUUAGGAUGCACUAACUGUGCUUAAAAUGUGUUGUUAUUGCUUUCGAUCGAAAUUUUAGCUUCCGCGUGUUUCGGAUGCAAUUUGUCUUGAUUGAAAAUCAGAGUUCGGUUUUGUUUUAGCAAUAAGGCGUCGUGUUCUCACACAACGAUCGAAGUAGAACUUUGAUCAGUUAGUUGAUGAAACGUUCGAUGCACGCAGUGUGUUUUGAGCUGUUCCGUAUUCACCUAUUAAUCCAUUCAUUAGUCAGCGUUAGGUUCCCUACUAGAGUUAUGCUAGAUGCUAAGGAGCAAAAUCGAAACGAAGAAACAAAACGCCAAGUGUUCACAUUUUAGAUUCUAACGAAUGGAGUGCGGAGUUCACCCUCUUUCUAUACAUGAGGACGACGCCCGCACUGACGAAUAAGGGUCUAGUAAUGAUGGUUUUUGUUUUCGUACGUAGAAAAAUUCGUGUUUAGGUGAUAUGUAUAUGAAAUAAAAUCAAAAAUCGAA